AUGACGUUUUCUAUGUCGUACAGGUGUGAGGAGUGCAGCAAGCAGUUCAGUAAGUUGGAGUAUCUGAAAAGGCACGUUAGGAUCCACACAGGUGUAAAACCGUACGUGUGUGAAGAAUGCAGCAAAGGCUUCACCCAGUCAAGUUAUCUGAAGACCCACACGCGGACUCACACAGGCGAGAAACCGUACAACUGCGAGGCUUGCAGCAAGCAGUUCAGUCAGCUGGAUGCUUUGAAGAUACACAUCCGAACCCACACGGGCGAGAACCCGUACACGUGUGAACAAUGCAGCAAGCAGUUCACUACGCUGUCAAGUCUGAAUAGGCACAUGCGGACUCACACAGGUGAGAAACCGUACACAUGUGAGGCGUGCAGCAAGCAGUUCAGUGACCAGGGAAAUCUGAAGAAACACAUGCGGACUCACUGGCGAGAAACCGUACAGGUAGGAUUCGACGCUUUAUUGGCUCAACAACUAUUCCCAAACACUGAUAAGGCCUUUGUCUCAUGUUGUCUAUUUUCCUUAUGCAAAUCAGCACAUGUAACAUCAGGGUACUUCCCUUUGUUUCGUUGUCAAGUACAACCUGCGCCGAACCGGUUUUAUUCCCCCAUCCAGUCACCAUAUAAAUGUGUCACUGACCAUUCCGUCAGUACCUACUCUGAAGCCGUGAAGGUCUGUAUCGCCGUGACACCAUCGCACAGUACUUUGGAGCAUCAGCGUAUCUCGAUCUGGAGUUUGACCAACAUGGCGACUGGAGCCGGAUCUCAUCUGACACAAGGGGAGGGAAAGGAUGGACAGGAUUCUCUCCGUACCCACUCGUGCAGCCACUGCGACAAGGAGUUCCAAAGCAAAAGUAGGCUCGAUCGACACCUGCGAACUCACAAUGGUGAGAGACCAUACCAGUGUGGUGAAUGUGGGAAACAGUUUAGUCAACUGGCAAAUCUGAAGACACACAUUCGGACUCACACAGAGGAGAAACCGUACCGAUGUCAGGAGUGCAGCCUGCAGUUCAGUUACCUGAGUUAUCUAAAAAGACACAUUCGGACUCACACUGGUGAAAAACCGUACAAGUGUGAGCAUUGCAACAAAGGCUUCAGUCAGUCAGCUCAUAUGAAGAGACACAUGCGGACUCACACGGGAGAGAAUCUGUACAGGUGUGAGGAAUGCAGCAAGCAGUUCAGUGAUCUAGGUAAUUUGCAAAGACACAUCCGGACUCACACAGGGGAGAAACCAUACAAGUGCGAGGAGUGCAGCUGGCGGUUCAAUAAUCAGGGUCAACUGAAAAUGCACAUGAAAACUCACACGGGUGAAAAACCGUACGAAUGUAAAACCUGCAACAAAAGGUUCAGUCAGUCGGUAAACCUAAAGACUCACAUGCGAACUCACACUGGAGAGAAACCAUACAAGUGCGAGGAGUGCAGCAAACAGUUCAGUCAGUUGAGUCAUUUGAAGGAACACGUGAGAAUACACACUGGUGAGAAACCGUACAAGUGUGAGGAGUGCAGCAAGCAGUUCACUUUGCUGUCAGGUCUAAAGAGGCACAUGCGGACUCACACGGGUGAGAAACCGUACACAUGUGAGGCGUGCUACAAGCAGUUCAGUGAGCUUGGUACCCUGAAAAAACACAUUAGAACUCACACUGGAGAGAAACCGUACAUGUGCGAACAUUGCAACAACAGCUUUCGUCAGUCACGUAGUCUCCGUGCCCACAUGCAAUCUCAUAUCGGUGAAAGUAUGUCAAUAACGGUGUAACCUUAACAUGCGCAUGUUGUUACACAGUAGAAAAUGAUUACAUCUUAAGCUUGUGGCGUAGUAGAAAACCCCGCAAACCUGAAGUUUGUCACUUGAUAUUUUUUCUUUAGUAGAACUGUUUACAAAGUUGGAUUAUGAUUUACCGUUUUAUAUCUAACAGUGUGCUCAAAAGACCCAGCGUUUUCCACACGGGUGAGAAACCUUAUACUUGUAAGGAGUGCGGCAAACGGUUUAGUCAGCUGGGUCACAUGAAAGCACACAUUACGCUGGCUCACACUGGCGAGAAACCGUACAGAUGUGAAAAAUGUAACAAGUGCUUCCGUCAGUCAAGUAAUCUGAGUUACCACAUGCGGACUCACGUUGAUGAAAGCUAGUCGUGCAGUAGUAGAUUUCAUCUUGUGGAUCAGUAGAAAACAUUACAAAACAGUUUUGUUUUUAUCAUUGGGGACGAAUACCACAAGAUGUAGAAUGUGAGUCUCAAUUUACUGCCUUUCAUAGAGGUGUGCGUUCGUCAUGACCCCGAUAAGCGGCUAUAAACUUUAAGGUAAAUAAUGGGGUUCGGGUUACAGAUAGUGUAAGUGUAAGGAAGUGUAGUGUAAAAGCGACUGUUGAAUGUCUGAACACAAGUGACAGAAAGACGGUAAUCAGUCGUUUCCUGGAUGUAAAUGCGUCGUGGCCUAUCGCUUUCUCCCACAGCACUUAGUUUUUUUUUUCUUUUUAAGUUACUGAAGUUCUUAUUGUCACUUUUGAUUCAAUAAUCACUGUUAAUACACAAUGGAAACAUGUUACUUCGUAAGUUACGGAUGUUACUUCUUUGUUAGUUAUAGAUGAUGCCUUUGUAUUGUGCUGACAACUUUCCUAAGCUCAAUGUCCUCAAUAAACUAAGACACGUAAUGUGUUGUUGUUUUUGUUGUUAAA